ACACAAAUCAUACUGAGGCGGUGCUGGCAGCUGGAUUCACUUUUUGGUUCUGGACGAAACUGCAGAUCUUUUCUCUGCUGCUGACAGUCAGAGUCCGAGCUGCUGGAUCAGUGUGUUCUUUACAACUCUUCACGUUGUGCGUAGUUUCCACGAGAGAUUGGAUUUGACACGGAGGUUGUUUUGCUCUGAGCUCUGAGCAGCCAUGGCAGACUUUUGGGGAGAUAUUGCCAGUCAGAGGGUGGCCAGAGCCAUGUCGCUGGGGAAUGAUGAGGAGGCGGUGCUGGACCAGGGCAAGACCAGCUCCACCCUCUACACCAACUUUGAGAAAGAAGAGCUGGAGAGUCACAGGGCGGUGUACGUUGGCGUUCACGUCCCUCUGGGCCGCCAGAGCCGAAGGCGACACCGUCACCGAGGUCACCGGCACCACCGGAAGCGACGGGACCGUUCGGACCGGGACGAUGGACGAGAGUCGCCCACAUAUGACACACCAUCUCAAAGAGUCCAGUUCAUCCUCGGGACGGAGGAUGACGACGAGGAGCACAUCCCCCACGACCUGUUCACCGAGCUGGACGAGCUCGCCUUCAGAGACGGAGACUUCCAGGAGUGGAAGGAGACAGCCAGGUGGUUGAAGUUCGAAGAGGACGUGGAGGACGGCGGCGAGCGUUGGAGUAAACCCUACGUGGCCACGCUGUCGCUACACAGUCUGUUUGAGCUGCGUUCCUGCAUCCUGAACGGCACCGUGCUGCUCGACAUGAGGGCCAACACCAUCGAGGAGAUCGCAGACAUGGUGAUCGACAGCAUGGUGGCAACGGGUCAGCUGGAGGAGGACGCUCGAGAGAAGGUGAGGGAAGCCAUGUUGAGGCGUCACCACCAUCAGAACGAGAAGAAGCUGAGCAACCGCAUCCCGCUGGUCCGAUCCUUCGCCGACAUAGGGGAGGGUCUGUCCUCCUCCCUUCUCUCCCUUCCCCGUGCCUCCUCCAUCGGCUCAUACGAUGCCUCUACACCUCCUCCCUCUCCUCGUAUCUCCCACCUGUUCGGACGCCUCCUCCCAAGCCCCACCUCCUCACCUCAGACCACGCCCACUUUGAACCGCCACCUGUCCGAGCCCUGGCCUUCCUCACUCACUCCAUCCCUCCCUCGCUCUUCCCUCCUCGUCCCCUCCCCUUCAGGCCACGCCACCUCCGGGGCUCAACGCCACUUCUCUGCUCCGGAGGGGCUGUCAGGGGGAGACGGGAUCCCCGAGGUGGUGGUUUACCCCCCCGAAGAGGAGGACGAGGUCAGCAGAGCUGACUGUCCGUCUGUCCCUGCAGGUCUGCUGGCGUCUCCACAGUCGGCUCCUGGUAACCUCGACAACAGCAAAAACAGCGAGAGUCGCGUCACCGUCGGCAACGGGGGCAGCCGGGAAAACAGCACCGUGGACUUCAGUAAGGUGGAUAUGAACUUCAUGAAGAAGAUUCCUCCGGGUGCCGAGGCCUCCAACGUCCUGGUUGGUGAGGUGGAUUUCUUGGAGCGUCCGAUCAUCGCCUUCAUUCGUCUCGCCCCUGCAGUGCUGCUGACCGGCCUCACCGAGGUCCCUGUGCCCACCAGGUUUCUCUUUCUGCUGCUUGGUCCGUUUGGAAAAGGUCCCCAGUACCACGAGAUCGGACGUUCUAUCGCCACACUGAUGACGGACGAGAUUUUCCAUGACGUAGCCUACAAGGCGAAGGACAGGAACGACCUGUUGUCGGGGAUCGAUGAGUUCCUGGAUCAGGUGACCGUGCUGCCUCCAGGUGAAUGGGACCCCAGCAUCCGAAUCGAACCGCCCAAGAGCGUCCCGUCUCAGGAGAAAAGGAAGAUGCCGUCCUUCCCCAAUGGCUCCGCCUACGGCUCUGACUCGGUGAAGGAGGUGGAGCAUCAGACAGGACCGGAGCUGCAGAGGACCGGCAGGAUUUUUGGCGGUUUGGUGAAUGACGUUCGGAGAAAAGCUCCGUUCCUGUGGAGCGACAUCAGAGACGCCCUCAGCCUGCAGUGCUUGGCCUCCAUCCUCUUCCUGUACUGCGCCUGCAUGUCGCCCGUCGUCACGUUCGGAGGGCUGCUGGGAGAAGCCACCAAAGGAAACAUAAGUGCCAUAGAGUCUCUGUUCGGGGCGUCUCUGACGGGCGUGGCCUACUCCUUGUUUGCUGGUCAGCCUCUCACCAUCCUCGGCAGCACCGGUCCGGUUCUGGUGUUUGAGAAGAUCCUCUUCAAGUUCUGCAGUGACUACGGUCUGUCCUACCUGUCCCUGAGGACCAGCAUCGGCCUGUGGACGGCCUUCCUCUGCCUGCUGCUGGUCGCCACCGACGCCAGCUCUCUGGUCUGUUACAUCACCCGCUUCACUGAGGAGGCCUUCGCUGCCCUCAUCUGCAUCAUCUUCAUCUACGAGGCUCUGGAGAAGCUGGCACACCUCGGGGAGCUCUACCCCAUCAACAUGCACAACAGCCUGGACAAUCUCACCUUCUACACGUGUCAGUGUUCUUCACCUGCCAAUGCCUCGGCUGAAGUCCAAAAGAUCUGGAGCAGCAGAAACUUGACGUCGGAAAGCAUCGAGUGGGAGCAGCUGGGUGUACAGGACUGCCUGGAUUUGAAAGGACAGUUCUUGGGUCCGGCCUGCAGCCCCCACGGUCCAUAUGUCCCCGACGUCCUCUUCUGGUCCGUCAUCCUCUUCUUCACCACCUUCUUCCUCUCCUCCUUCCUCAAACAGUUCAAGACCAAGAGAUAUUUCCCCACCAAGGUCCGAUCGACCAUCAGCGACUUUGCCGUCUUCCUGACCAUCAUGAUCAUGGUGCUGGUGGAUUAUCUGGUGGGAGUCCCUUCACCCAAACUCAUGGUACCGGACCGCUUCGAGCCCACGUCCAACACUCGAGGCUGGCUCAUCUCUCCACUGGGACCGAACCCCUGGUGGACGCUGCUGGCGGCCGCCAUCCCCGCUCUGCUGUGUACCAUCCUCAUCUUUAUGGACCAGCAGAUCACCGCUGUCAUCAUCAACAGGAAGGAGAACAAGUUGAAGAAAGGCUGCGGUUACCACCUGGACCUGCUGGUGGUGGCGGUCAUGCUGGGUGUUUGCUCCAUCAUGGGCCUGCCGUGGUUCGUGGCGGCGACCGUGCUCUCCAUCUCCCACGUCAACAGUUUGAAAGUGGAGUCGGAAUGUGCGGCGCCCGGUGAACAGCCUAAGUUCCUGGGUAUCAGAGAGCAGCGGGUCACCGGCUUCAUGAUCUUCGUCCUGAUGGGUUGCUCCGUCUUCAUGACAUCCGUCCUCAAGUUCAUCCCGAUGCCUGUUCUGUACGGAGUCUUCCUCUACAUGGGAGCAUCCUCGCUCAAAGGCAUCCAGCUCUUCGAUCGCAUCAAACUGUUCGGCAUGCCGGCCAAACACCAGCCAGACCUGAUCUACCUGCGCUACGUCCCUCUGUGGAAGGUCCACGUCUUCACCGUGAUCCAGAUGUCCUGCCUCAUCGUCCUCUGGGUCAUCAAGACCUCAGCUGCCGCCGUCGUCUUCCCCAUGAUGGUUCUGGCUCUGGUGUUCAUCCGGAAGCUCUUGGAUUUCUGCUUCACCAAGAGAGAGCUGAGCUGGCUGGACGACUUGAUCCCGGAGAGCAAGAAGAAGAAGGAUGACGACAAGAAGAAGAAGGAGAAGGAGGCCGCUCGGCGAAUGCUGGAGGAGGCGGAGGAUGAACCACCAUACGACCAAGAAAAUGACAUCAAGUUCCCCAUCAAGAGCCUGAAAGGACGCUCGGAUCCAUCAGAAGUGAACAUCUCAGAUGAAAUGGCCAAAAGCGGCAUUUGGAAAUCAGUUUCCAUGAACUCUGACAACAGCAAACCUCUGAAACGCUGCCCCAGCCAGGACAAGCUGCCAAGCGUGGAGAUAAACGUGGAGAAUGAAGAAGGUCGGAAAGUCGAUGUUGAGACGUCGCUAUGAUCCAGUGGAGGACGAGGAGGGCGGAGCCUCUGCUCUGACAGGGCACCGCAAACUCACAGAUCCCGAGCUGACCAAUCAGGCUUCACCUCGGCUUGCAGCACUUCUCAUCCUGCGUCUUCUCGGAGGGGGUGAACGUUUUAAUUUCUCAUCGUUUUAUGGUGAAACAUGGAGACUCCAGCACUUGGAGCGCAAACGGAAACAGCUGUCUCAGGUUUCUUUGGUUGGUUUUUAGUCGGGCGGUCCGCUGCUGCGCUGUGAUUGGCUGCUGAACUGAGAAACAGUCGGCGGACGACUGACAAACAGCUGAAGUUUAAUUUCACGGUUUUAAAUGUUUCUGCUUUAAUGAAGCAAACGAGGCUCUUCACCUCCGACAACGCAGGACAGAGUUUUAUUUAAUCCAACAUGCUGAUUUAAGUUGUGUAUGUCUGUGUGUGUCUCUGUGUGUGCGUGUGUGUGUGUGUGUGUGUGUGUGUGUGUGUGUGUGUGUGUGUGUGUGUGUGUGUGUGUGUGUGUGUGUGUGUGUGUGUGUGUGUGUGUGUGUGUGUGUGUGUGUGUGUGUGUGUGUGUGUGUGUGUGUGUGUGUGUGUGUGUGUGUGUGUGUGUGUGUGUCUGUGUCUGUGUCUGUGUCUGUGUCUGUGUCUGUGUCUGUGUCUGUGUCUGUGUGUGUGUCUGUGUGUGUGUGUGGUCUCUGUUGUACCUCACCUUGUUGCCUGCAGCAGAGAAGCUGAAUGAAUUCACAGCCGCUGUUAAAGUUUCUUUGUAAUGUUUCAAUAAAUCAGUUUGACAACGA